AUGGAGUGCAAGGCUAAUUGUUUGGCUCAGGUUGCGAACUGGUUACGAUUUCCUCGUGCCGGAAGAAGCCCCUCCAGCAGUCGCCCGGCCACGACUGCACAGAAAUUGCCAGUCUCUGCCGAGUCCCAUCACCUGUCCCUCAUGGGAAAGGUUCCCCAUGUCGGCAUCAUUGGGGCCGGUAUAUCCGGGUUGAGAUGCGCUGAUAUUCUGACUCAGAAUGGAGCCAAAGUAACUAUUCUGGAGGCAAGGGAUCGGAUUGGUGGCAGGACAUUCAAUAACUCCAAGCAGAUCGCCCAAGUCGAGGUCGGCGGCCACCUCGUGGAUCUAGGACCGAACUGGAUACACGGGACGGAUGGCAAUCCCAUAGCCGAAAUUAGCGUGCGAUCGAAUACGACGACCUGCGAGUGGGAUGGACGCGAGACCAUCUUCGAUACUGCUGGAAAGCCGUACGAUGAUGCCACCACCACGAAACUUGCAGAGUGGAUGUGGACGACCAUAGACGAAGCGUUUGAAUACAGCAAUAAGUACAAGGAAGCGAUCCCAGCCAGUAAAAGUCUUUUCGACUUUUGUCGAGAGCGGGUGGAAGAGACAGACUUUACUCAGGAAGAGAAGGAGGCUUGCCUGGAGUUUUCCAGAUUUUGGGGCGCAUAUGUAGGGGAUCCUAUUGAGAAGCAGAGCUUGAGGUUCUUCUGCCUCGAAGAAUGCAUAGAAGGGACAAAUCUGUUUGUCGCAUCGACAUACAAAAAUAUUUUAAAAUAUGUCUCUGAGUCUGCCCUGAAACGCGCAGAUCUCCGUCUCAACGAGCCUGUUAUCAAGAUUGAGUCUGCGGGCAGGGAACCGGGAGCUGGCCAUCAAAUUGUCGUGACCAGCGCGAACGGAGAAGUAUAUCAUUUCGAUGAAGUGGUUGUCACCUGUCCCCUGGGAUGGCUCAAGCAGAACAAAUCUGUUUUCGUUCCGGAGCUUCCCCAACGGCUGUCAGCUGCCAUUGACAAUAUAUCCUAUGGCAGGCUAGAGAAGAUAUAUGUGACAUUUCCACGCGCUUUCUGGCAUGUGGCCUCUGAACCGCAAAGCAAGAAUGGGGGCAGCGCGGGUAUCGGUACUGGCACCGAAUAUCCUCCUCCUUUCACUCAGUUCUUGGAACCGUCCUAUGUCGACUACCCCAAAGAAGGGAGCUGGAACCAGCAAUGCGUCUCACUUGCGGCGCUCCCACCAAAUUGCGCUCAUCCAACUCUGCUGUUCUAUCUAUAUGGGCCUUGCGCAACCUACGUCGUGUCCAAGAUCAAGGACCUAGACCAGUCCUCCGAGAGUUACUAUAACUUUCUGAACGAUUUUCUCCAUCCGUUCUAUUCCUGCCUGCCGCACUACUCACCUUCGUCAGCGGAUUGCAAACCAGUCGCCCUGUUUGCAUCUCAGUGGCAGAACGACCCCUUUGCCGGCAACGGGUCCUACUCCAACUUCCAGGUCGGGCUCGAGGCCGGCGACAAGGACAUUGAAACUAUGAGGAUUGGUAUGGGUCCUGAUCGGGGAAUCUGGUUCGCGGGUGAGCACACGGCCCCCUUUGUUGGCCUCGGCACGACCACAGGCGCGUAUUGGAGUGGAGAGCGCGCCGCAGGUCAAAUUUGUGACCUGUACAGCUUAGGGAAACUUGGGAUGGGCGUAAAGAGGGACGACUCUCUGCCCUCAGCGACGGCGGCUAGUGUUCCGGGUGGUCCGGCUGGGGUUCACGCUGGCGCUGGAGCAGAGAGCUAG